AUGGACUCCGCCGUCCACUCGGCACUUGAAGAAAUUUGCUCCGCAGCUGCAAACGGGCUCCACCUCCGGAGCCUAUGGACGAGACUCGACCCGCAGCUCGCGUCCCAGGGCCUCCCCCUCGGCCCGAACGUGAAGCGUGCCGUGUGGGAGAAUCUUCUGGAAAUUCCAGGGCUCAAACUCGAGGCCUGUGAUGGCUGCGCUCUGGACAGCUCGAAGCAGGAUUUGGUGAAGCGAACCGUUGAGGAGUGUGAAAAGAUGGAUGUCAAAAUCGUGGCUCCGGAGUCGAUGAGGAAGAGCUUUCUAGGCAUUUACGAGAUGGAGUCCUCAGAGUCUGGCCUGUCUGAUAUGCAGCGACUCAUUCUUGAGCGGCUUGCUGUUGCUAGGACAAAUGGAAUUGCACAAAGUGAUCUUUCAAAAGAAUUACACAUUGCACCAAACAAAUUAUUCUACCCAUUGAAGAGACUUGAAACCCAAGGAUAUAUUGUGAGGCAGCCAACUGUUAUUCGAACAAAACAGCCAUCCAACAGAGAGCCAAACAGUGAGUCUGUUACAGCCACCAAUAUGCUGUAUCUAUACCGUUAUGGGAAGCACCUUGGUUACCAUCAGAGACUUGAAAUCACUAAGGAGGAUAAACUUGUGAUGGAUGGGAACGUAGAAGAUGGUCACGUAGAAACUGGUACUGAUCUUGGUGAAGAAAUAUCAAAAGAGGAUGUACAUGUCAGAGAUUUUUUACCUGCCAUGAAGGCCAUAUGUGAUAAACUUGAAAACGCUCAGGGGAAGGUUCUGGUUGUUUCGGAUAUAAAACAAGAUCUUGGUUAUCGAGGGACUUGUGGUCAUCGAGCUUGGAGAAAUAUAUGCCAGAAGUUGAAAGUGGCACGAGUUGUGGAAGAGUGCUGUACAAUAAUCAACAAGAAGGAAGUCAAUUGUUUACGCCUAAUUUCCAGCCUUUCUCCAUCAUAUUUCGAGCCAAAACUUCAUGGGCAUGGGCACGAUGAUACAGAUCCCGAGCAAUCAAAAAUUUCAAUGAAAAGAGGUCAAAUUACAGAACAACUUUUAGAACUUCCCCUUCUCCGGCAGGUAUAUGACAUGGUUGAUGCUGCGGGAGCAAAAGGGUUGACUAAUACAGAGGUAUGUAGAGGGCUUGGACUAUGCGGUAAGGAGUACCACAGGCGAUAUUUUAAGCAAAUGAUCUCCAGGUUUGGAUUGCAUUUACAGCUGGAACCUCACAAUAGAAAUGAGGUCUACCGACUUUGGACUGCUGGUAAUUUUAAUCCAGGAUCAUCCAAUAUGGCUCCUGCAGAAGAAGAAAGAGCUCUUAAAGUAAAUGAAUCUGGCCCAAGUAGUUUGGAUCUUGAAUCUCAUGAGGACUUGUCUCAGCCUGUGAAAGUGAUAGAUGAUUCUAUUUCAACGGAGAAUGUUGGAGGUAUCUACAAAAGUGAAAAGGAGGCAGUUGACAUCGCGGAUGCCUCUAAUGUCACAAACAUGAAUAGUGAAUGUUCCAGCACUCUGCUUCUACAAUGCAGUCAACAGAAUUCUGGUGUGGAGCUAUCCGGUGGAGUCCCUGAUCAGGAACUAUUUCCUGCCCGUAACUCAGUAAACAACAAUAUGGUAGAAACAUGUUCUCUUGCUGUUGUAUCACUUACACCACCAUCAACCCCAACACCUUCCAGGCGUCGAUCAAACCCAAGAUAUCCCCGUCUUACUAUGGGUGCAACUAACUCACAGAGGGAACAAAACAUACUCAAAUUGUUGCAGGAGGAGAAGUUCCUCAUUAAACCUGAGCUCCAUAGACGUCUGGAGAGUCUUGAGAAUCUUGGGAAGGAAAAGAAUACAACAAUGGACCGAAAGACUUUAUUGCGUUGCCUGAACAAACUUCAGGGAGAAGGGCAUUGUAAAUGCAUCCAUGUGAGUGUCCCAGAUGUUACGAACUAUGGCCGCAGUAAAGCUGUUGAAGUGAUCCUCCACUCCUCUUUUCAAACUGUUUCCCCUGAAUUACUGGCGCAAAUCCACGAUAAAAUUAGGUCAUUCGAGAUACAAGUGCGGAAGCAAGCACAUACUCGGCAGAAGGGCCAAUCGGUUCCCGUAUUGGACAACGUGGAGAGGAUUCCAAAUAGCAUAAGGUCAGAUACCCAAUUACUUCGAUCUGAAGCUGUGCGUAAUGGAUUUGUGCUUCCGAGAAUGGUUCGGACAAAGCUUCUUCAUGUCUUUCUUUGGGAUCAGAUGCGCAGUUCUUCUAGUUGGGAUGGCACCUUAUUGUCUAGUAAUCAUUCUAAUGAUUUGAAAAACCCGCACAGUACCUGCAAGUUGUUUGAGUUAGAUCUGGCCAUUAGAUCGAUGCCACUUGCUUUGUUCUUAAAAGUAGUAGGUUCUGCUCAAGCAUUAGAGGAUAUGAUUGGGAAAUGUAGAAGUGGCAUGCGACUCUGUGAUCUUCCAGUUGAGGAAUACAAGAUCCUUAUGGAUACUCGAGCAACUGGACGACUAUCUUGGCUAAUCGAUAUAUUGCGGCGUCUGAAGUUGAUUCGUCUAGUGAGUAAGGACCAUGCAGAAGAUGGAGGUAGCAAUCCACAUACGACUCUCACUCAUGCAUUAGAACUCAAACCUUACAUCGAGGAACCAGUCACAGGAAUUGCAUCAACUGGUCUCUGUUUGCACGAUCUACGCCCUCGAAUCAGGCAUGAUUUUGUUCUUUCGAGCAGAAAAGCCGUUGAUGAAUACUGGAAUACCUUAGAGUAUUGUUAUUCUGCAUCCAAAUCAAGAGCUGCUUUGCUUGCAUUCCCUGGAACUGCAGUCCAUGAGGUAUUUAAUCCACGAUCGUGGACAUCUUCCCGGGUAAUUACGGCUGACGAGCGGGUGGAGCUACACAAGCGUGUCAUGAAAGAUGACCCAAAGGAAAAACUUUCAUUCAGUGAGUGUGAGAAGAUUGCUAAGGACCUUAAUCUGACCCUGCAGCAGGUCCUCCGGUUCUAUUCUGACAAGAGUCAGCAACGGCUUACUAGACUUCAGACAGAUUUGGCUGCCGAGAAUCAGAAGCCUGGGACAUUUAAAGAAAAAAAUUCUUUUUUGUCAUGUAAAAAUAAAAGAUCUUCCAGCAGAAUUCCAUCAAAGCUUGUGACGGCUAGCCUGGCAGUUGGAGAAUCAAGUCUGGAGAGGUUAAGUCCGCUAUAUGAUGCUGAUGACAAGACAGAUGGGCCAGAUGUGCUAUACUUAAACGAAGACGAUAAGACGAUCCAUACCUUCAUUCACAAGCAAGCCUCGGCAAAGUUUAAUAUGGGACAUAAGAAGAAGAAGUUUUUGUGGACAGAAGAGGCAGAUAGACUAUUGGUGAUUGAAUAUGCAAGAUACCGAUCUGCUCUUGGGGCAAAAUAUCACCGUGUAGAUUGGGCAUCAGUUCCAAAUCUUCCGGCGCCACCUAAUACCUGCAAAAGAAGAAUGUCGGUCUUGAAUAGCUAUAUGCCAUUUAGAAAAGCUGUAAUGAAACUAUGCAAUAUGCUUGCCGAGCGCUAUUCAAAGUACCUUGCGCAACGUCAUGAUAAGAUAUUGGAUGAUGGGGAUUUUAUAAAGAUGACCAAUGAUCCUUCACUUGUAGAAAAUCGUUUAAAGUCUUCCGCCACAGUGUCUGAAGAAUGGGCCAAUUUUGAUGAGGAUGUCAUCAAGUUAGUGGUAAAUGAGAUUUUGAGACAUAAAAGGAUGGCUAAGUUGGAGGUUUCCCAGGAUACUUUUCCAGACCAAGAAAAUAGUGAGGAUAGUGACAAUGAGGGUUGUGAAAGGCCUAUGGCUUCUGGUCAAAGAUCAAGAUCGCGAAAGCCGCCUGUAAAGUAUAUGAAGCUUUCAAGUGACUAUGGAAGUGUUUGCAGACAGAUGCACGAAUCAGUUGCUGUGGCAAAUGCUGCAGAGUUAUUUAAGUUAAUCUUCCUAAGCAAUUCUAAAGCCCCUGAAGUGCCAAUAUUGCUGGCUGAAACUCUACGUCGAUAUUCUGAGCAUGAUCUCUUUGCUGCUUUUAACUACUUGAGAGAGAAAAAGAUCAUGAUUGGUGGUAGCUCAAACACUCCUUUCGUGCUAUCACAGCACUUCAUGCAUAGUAUCUCACGAUCCACAUUCCCAGAUGAUACUGGAAAAAGAGCCGCUGAUUUUCUCACAUGGCUUCACGAAAGAGAAGAGGAUUUAAUGGAAGAAGGCAUUGAUGUCCCUUCCGAUCUUCAGUGUGGUGAAGUUUUCACUUUGUGCGCUUUAAUAUCUUCAAGCGAGCUUUCGAUUACUCCAUGCUUGCCUGACGAAGGUGUUGGUGAGGUAGAAGAUAACAGAGCUUCCAAACGAAAAUGUGACAAUAACGAGAUGGACAGUGGAGACAAAUCUAAGAAACUGAAAACAUCUUUUACCGGGGAAGGUGAGAUGACCUCUCGCCGGGAAAAAGGUUUUCCCGGCAUAAAAUUAUGCUUGCAGCGUGAAUCAUUCAAAGUCGAGGAUGUGCACAGGGUCCCACUAUUCGGUGAAAAAAAUCAAGGCAUACUAAUGGAUGCUAAUUAUGGUGCAUCUGAUUCUGAUAUAGCUGAUUAUGUGAGAGAAAUGCUUGAUUCUGGUAGGACAACCCAUCGUGUGCUUGAUGUGGGUGAGUCGCCAUGGGAAUCUAUGACCAGAUAUGCCGAACAUCUGACAUCUUCACGCUCUUAUGAAGGAGAAAGUUCUACUCUAAAUCCAGACUUAUUCAAAAACCUCUAUUCCGCUAUUCAUAAAUCUGGAGACAAUGGUCUGAGCAUGAAAAAUGUUCGCAAAGUUUUGAACACUAAAGAUGAGAAGAUGUUGGAACUUAUAAUUGAGGUUCUUGAAGCAUUUGGACGAACUUUAAAGGUCAAUGGUUAUGAUUCCCUUCGCGUGGUGGAUGCUUUAUAUCGAUCCAAGUAUUUCUUGAGCUCUGUACGUGGCCGUGUUGGUAUGUUUCUUAAACGUCAGAAAAGAAAAUUUGAGGAUGAGUGUGUACCUCUUGAUCUUGAUAAUCAAGGAGAGUAUGUUUCUCCAUUAGCGAAUGAAAUUAACACAAGUGCCGAUGAAGAGCAUAGGGUAACAAUUCUAAAUCUGCUUGAAGAUGUUUCUGGCCCUUCUGCUGUUUUAUCGACAACGGAUAACAUUACGAGCUACCAGCACUCUGAUUCGGCUUCUCCUAUAAUUACUAGAACUGAAGAUUUUGGAUUCCAUUCUGUAGAUGCUCGGUUAUGUCGGCCCCUGUUACCAUGGAUGAAUGGAGAUGGUACCAUAAAUGAACCUGUGUACAAGGGGCUCAUACGUCGAGUCCUUGGUAUCGUAAUGCAAAAUCCGGGAAUAUUAGAGGAUAACAUUAUAAAACAUAUGCAAGGUCUAAAUCCUCAGAGCUGCAAACGAUUGUUGGAGAUAAUGAUUUUGGAUAAUCACAUAGUCACGCGCAAAAUGCAACAAAAGACAUCGUCUCAGCCCCCUUCCAUUCUCGGAAACCUUCUUGGCGACAGGUUUAGAAAAUCGAAGCUGAUAUCUCGAGUUCACUACUUUGCAAAUCCUAUGAGCACAACAUUGUUGUAG